AUGGCUGGGAUAUACAGCUCUACUCUGAAGACCCUGGAGGAUUUAACUUUGGACUCUGGUUAUGGGGCAGGGGAUUCCUGCAGGUCCCUUAGUCUCUCUUCUUCCAAGUCCAACUCCCAAGCCUUCACCUCUUCUCAGCACAGAGGCAACUGGUGGUACUACUCGGGCUCCAUGAACAGUAGGAACAACAGCUGGGAUACCGUGAACACUGUUUUGCCGGAAGACCCCGAGGUUGCAGAUAUCUUUUCCAAGUGUCCUAAGCUGCCGGAUCUAGAGGAAUACCCUUGGACUGAUGAAGACAUUGGAAAAAUACUCAGAAAAGGGAAGGGAGAUGGCAAUACCAGAACCUUUUCUCAGGAAGCUGUCAGGCGACUCUCGCAGUUGCUGAGGCGCGCCUUGAUCAGGGUCUCCAGGGAAGCUCAGCGUCUCAGCGUGAUGCACUCCAAGUGCACCAGGUUUGAGGUGCAGAGCGCUAUCAAGCUCAUCCAGAGCUGGUCGUUGUCAGAAAGCUGUGUCUUGGCGACUGUCAAGGCUCUCUCUCUGUACAGCAUGAGUGCUGGUGAUGGACUGAGGAAAGGUAAAUCAGCUAGAUGCGGCCUCACCUUUUCAGUGGGGAGGUUUUUCAGGUGGAUGGUGGACACUAGGAUCUCGGUGAGGAUCCAUGAGUAUGCAGCCAUCUCUUUAACCGCUUGCAUGGAAAACCUUGUAGAGGAGAUUAAGGCUAGGGUUUUGGCUAGUCAGAGCCCGGAUGGUGGAGGAGGGGAGAUCUCAGCUGAAAUCCUGGAGAUGGUUAUCAACAAUGAUGCUGAACUUUGGGGAGUGCUGCAACCUUAUGAGCAUCUCAUCUGUGGGAAAAAUGCUAAUGGUGUGCUGUCCCUGCCUGCCUACUUCAGCCCGUACAACGAUGGCUCUGUGUGCAGCGAUGGACGGGCCGAUGCUUACGCCCAGCUGGAACUCCGAACUUUAGAGCAGUCUCUGCUGGCAACUUGUGUUGGAAGCAUCUCUGAGCUGAGUGAUUUGGUUUCACGAGCAAUGCACCACAUGCAGUGCUUGAACACCAUCCGCCCAGGAAUGAGCCCCAUUCGGCAAACCCGGCAGCAGCAGCCCAUCUCCUGGUCCCCUGAUGCUCUCCACACCCUCUACUACUUCCUGCGCUGUCCUCAAAUGGAGUCCAUGGAGAACCCCAACCUUGACCCUCCAAGAAUGACCCUGAACAAUGAACGACCCUUCAUGCUUCUGCCGCCGCUGAUGGAGUGGAUGAGAGUGGCUAUCACCUACGCUGAGCACCGGCGCAGUUUAACUGUGGACAGUGACGAUAUCAGGCAGACGGCCAGACUGCUCUUACCUGGACUGGACUGUGAGCCCCGGCAGCUAAAACCUGAAUGCUGCUUUAGUUCCUUCCGGAGACUGGAUGCUAAGGCUGCUACUGAAAAAUUCCAGCAGGAUCUGGGUUUCCGAAUGCUAAACUGUGGAAGGACAGAUCUGAUCAACCAAGCAAUCGAUGCACUGGGACCUGACGGGGUUAACACUAUGGACGAUCAGGGUAUGACCCCACUAAUGUAUGCCUGUGCUGCUGGAGAUGAAGCCAUGGUCCAAAUGCUUAUAGAUGCGGGAGCAAAUUUAGAUAUACCAGUUCCCAGUACCUCUCCACGAUACCCUUCAGUCCACCCUGACAGCCGGCACUGGACCGCUCUUACCUUUGCUGUCCUACAUGGGCACAUCUCUGUUGUUCAGCUGCUCUUGGAUGCUGGUGCCCACGUUGAGGGCUCUGCCGUGAACAGUGGAGAGGACAACUACGCCGAGACGCCGCUUCAGCUGGCUUCAGCCGCAGGGAACUAUGAGUUGGUCAGCUUAUUGCUAAGUCGGGGUGCUGAUCCACUUCUGAGUAUGUUGGAAGUCAAUGGUAUGUCUUCAUCGCUUCACGAAGAUAUGAAUUGCUUCAGUCACUCAGCUGCACACGGGCACAGGAACGUUCUGCGCAAGCUCCUGACCCAGCCCCAGCAACUGAAGGGAGAUGUCCUCUCACUGGAGGAGAUUUUAGCUGAGGGAGUGGAGAGCGACACCUCCAGCCAGGGCAGCUCCAGCGAGGGGCAAGUCAGGCUGUGUAAAACAAGAAUGAAGGCUCUGCAGGAGGCCAUGUAUUACAGCGCUGAGCACGGCUACGUGGACAUCACCAUGGAGCUCAGGGCACUCGGAGUCCCAUGGAAACUCCACGUGUGGAUCGAGUCACUACGGACAACCUUCUACCAGUCUCGUUACUCAGUCGUACAGACCCUCUUACGGGAAUUUGUCACCAUUAAAGAAGAGGACUAUAAUGAAGAACUGGUUAAUGAAGGGUUGCAGCUCAUGUUCGAUAUCCUCAAAACCAGCAAAAAUGACUCUAUCAAUCAGCAGCUUGCAUCCAUCUUCACCCACUGCUACGGCAGCAGCCCGAUACCCAGCAUUCCUGAAAUCCGGAAGACACUCCCAGCUCGGCUAGAUCCUCACUUCCUAAACAAUAAAGAAAUGUCUGACGUAACUUUCUUAGUAGAAGGAAAGCUAUUUUAUGCACACAAAGUCCUGCUGGUUACUGCAUCUAACAGGUUUAAGACGCUAAUGACCAAUAAAACAGAACAUGACAGCCACGGCAGCAAGACUGUUGAAAUCAGUGAUAUGAAAUACAAUAUUUUCAAGAUGCUGAUGCAGUAUUUAUACUAUGGAGGAACCGAAUCUAUGGAAAUUCCCACCACUGAUAUCUUAGAGCUGUUGUCGGCUGCCAGCCUGUUUCAACUGGACGGCCUCCAGAGACACUGCGAAAUCCUCUGUGCCCAGACGAUCAGCUUGGAGAACUCUGUUAACAUCUAUAAAUAUGCAAAGAUUCACAACGCGCCUGAGCUAGCCUCUUUUUGUGAAGGCUUCUUCCUCAAACACAUGAGCUCUCUUCUAGAGCAGGACUCAUUCAAACAGCUGAUCUACAGCCGGAACAGCAAAGUGCAAGGCCUGGACCCUCUGCGGGACUUGCAGACAGCCCUGGCCGGCCGCCUGCACUCUGUGUACGUCACCUCCAGGGUGUGA